GAUGGAUAUGCGAAAUGCCCAAACUGUGGUGAAGCGCUUGCAGAAGUCGAAAAAGUUGACGAUGACAUUGAAGCUACAGGAUAUAUUGAAGUAGUUAAGACAGAUGACCGAAGUGUAGCUCGAGAGCUUGGCGUUGCUACGUUUCCAGCAUUAGUUUACUUCAGACGUAAAAAUCCUAUCACGUAUGACGGAGAUUUUAAAGAUUCUGAGAUCAUAUUACGGUGGGUAAGAUCACAUGAUGAAGUAGUAACAUGGGAUCUUACGGAUGAUAACUUUGAAGAUCGAACAGAUAGCUAUUCUCCAGAUGAAGGAGCAUUGGAUUGGUUCGUCAUGUUCUACAACUCGGAAGAACCAGACUGUAAUGCAUUUGUAUCAUCUUGGGAAACUGUGGCUCACAAAUUGCGAGGUUUGAUUAAUGUUGGCAAAGUAGAUAUGUCCACAAACGAUGAUGUUACAGACCGUUUCCGCUUGGACGAUGCACAAUGCCCUACUUUUUUUCUUUUCCAUCGUGGAAAAAUGUACCGAUACAAAGAUGCCGCCAAAACAGUCAAAAGCUUAACGGCAUUUGCUAUGUAUAAAUUUAAGGAUUUACGUGGGCAUCAUGUCCCAGAACCACCAACAGCUCUUGAAAAUUUUUACGAACACGUAAAAGAACGCGUUGCAGAUAUUUUGGAUGAUAGUCAAGCGCUAACUGUAAUCGGAAUCGGUGGAUUAAUUAUAAUUGUUACUACUACAAUUUAUGCAAAUGCCAGGAGGAAGCAGCAACUAGCAGAGAGCGAUAGUAAAUCUAAGAUUAAUUGAUA